ACUACUCGUCCCAGGGUGCAGUUCCACACCUCCGGUUCCCUAGUAACUCUCUCCAAGCGUUGGAGUCAGUGUUUGGAGAAAGGGGUUCAGGCUUACCAAAGUUUUGGUUUUGUUGCAAAAGCAAGUCAAGACUUAACUCUUCUCUGGUGAACAAGUGUGCAGAUUGUGACAUAUGUCCAUCCAAGAAAUAAAUAAACAUGCAGUUCUCCCUCCUAUCAUUAGUAGAAGUGACAAGGAAUUUUUGGAAAGUAUGCAAAGAUACAUAAUCACAGAAACUGAAAGAGUGGGCUGUACUGAGGAAGGACCUGCUGAUGAAUAUUACAUCAUAUACCGAAACGUUUUUGAUAAGGUAAUAGAGUAUGUCACUGCAUACAAAUCCAUUCUUACUUCGAUCAAAAAAGAAUAUGAUGCCUUUAUUGAGACAAUGAAGGAAGGCCAAAGAACUGCAUUUUGUCUUCAUGGAAAACUUAAAGCUUUGGCAGCAGAGCCCACAGCAUUGGUGUAUCACAGGAAAAGAACAAUCCAACUUGAAACAAAAAAGAGGGUUAUUGAAAAUAAUUCCUCAAAGAUUCAAUUGCAAAUAGACAAAAUGAAACAACUUAGGGCAGAAUAUGAUGCAAAAGAAGUAAGAUACCAUACUUUCUCCAAAGAUCCUUCAAAACCUAUUCCAGGCAUGACUCUCCAAGAAUCUGUCAAUUUAGUUGCUCUCACUAAAUACCUGAAACAUCUUGAAGAUAAAUAUGCUGAAAUUAAACAGGCUAUGUUGAAAAAAUAUGUACCAGUUCAGAGGAGGGCAGAGUUAGAUGAGGAAAUGAUUGUAACAUUAAAACGGAGAGAUUUAGCUGAAAAUCUGAACAAAGAAUUACAGUUUCGUCAUCAAAGACUGCAGAUUAUUUCAAAUGCACUUACUUCAUGGGUAAAAUCUGAUAUGAGCAGCUCAUUUGAAGACUUUGUGGAGCAAAUUCAGAAAACUAAAAGUUUACCUGUAAUUAUAGGUGACGAAGGCAUUGUUGAAGAACUGCUUGAAGACGAUCCAGGCAAGGCAAAAGAAGCUGAAAUUUUGCUUUGCUACAUUGAAAGGUUCAAUGACUUAAUGUCACUUGGUGAAUAUGAAAAGGCAGCUUGUUUUGCAGCAAACAGUCCUAGAAGAAUUCUUCAAAACAUUGGGACAGUGAAUAAAUUUAAGGCUGUUGGAAAGAUUAGAGGCAAGCCUUUUCCAUUACUCUUAUUUUUUGAGACCAUCUUUAGCACAAGUCAUGCAUGUAGACGUCCUAUUGAUGCAGAACUAACCCUGGAAGGAAUCAAAUGUGGAUUAUCUGAAAAACGUUUAGAUUUAGUUAUCAAUUGGGUCACCCAGGAAAGGCUCACAUUUUCUGAAGAGUUGGGGGAUGUGAUUUGUGAUUAUGGGGAACAGGAUACUUACAACAAGGCCAAGUGCCUGGCUUUAGCUCAGAUGAUCUACAGUGACUGUGGCCUGCAUAAGAAAGCUCUUCUUUGCCUAUGUAAACAGGGUCAGAUUCAUGGGGCCAUGGAAUACAUACAGCAAUUCAAGGAUUUUACUUAUGAUGACCUGAUGCAGUUAAUAAAGUUAUGUCCUCACACUGAAUUAAUUCAGUGUCUCACUAGAGAAUGGAACGGGAAACCACCAUCUUUAUCUUUUGGCCUUGCUAUACUUCAUCUGUUUUCUGUAGAUAUGAAAAAAGUUGGCAUUAAGCUACUUCAAGAAAUAAGUAAAGGUGGGAAAGGUAUAGUUGAACAUCUUAUGAUAAAUGAUCCAUUUUCCUCAUUAGAAAACUGGCAAGAAAUGGCAAAUAUAUGUUUACAGAAUGGCUUUGACAAAUUAUCUCACGACAUCAUGUCCAUUCUUCGAUCUCAGGCUGGAGUAACAGAAAUUUCUGAAAAGGAUGAUACAGUCAACUUAAUGGAACAUGUUUUUUGGUAGUUCUAGGUCUUAACCAGUUGAGGGAGCUUAUAUAACAUUUUAUGUGUAUUGGUUGGGCAAGCUGGUUUUGGCAUAACUAACUUAUAAAUAAAUCUAAAGUAUGAAGCUCUCAGAAAUAAAUCAUGCUGUUUUUGUUAUGAUGAUUUGUCCUUGAAACAUUUAUACUGUUGCUUUCUUUUUUCCAUAUGGUCAUUUCUGAUAUUGAAUCUUGAUAAAAUCCAAGAAUAUAACUUUGUAUAAAACUCAGUUUAGGCACUUCUAUCUAAGGGCAUAAGCUAAUGUCUAGAUAUAUUCCUUUCUGGGGAUCUAGUUUUAUAGCAAGAACUGAGGAAGGUUGUAAACAGUAUCCUAUCAGACUAAUUUCCCAGAUAACGAAUGCUUUGAGACUGAUUUUUAACAAGAAAGGCAGGAUGUAAUUUCAAGGUUGGACUCACUGGUGAAAUCCUACAGUUAGUAAUUUCAUACUACUGAUUUAAAGAUGUGUCCCUUGCUUUGGUAUAUGUAAAUGGCAAAUGCUAGGCUUCUACUCUGAAAGUUAGGAAUCUUAGCAUGUUCUUACCUAGAGAGAAGACCAGCCAAGUUUUGCAUGAAGUAGACCUGAGAUGCCUGUAGGUAUGGAAAAUAUGUCAUGAGAAGUGGUUUUGGAUGAUUUCAAAUGUCUGAAUAAGUAUGUGAUGGAAUACUCAGAGUUCUGUGUCAUGGUCAGGUAGGAUAUUCAAAAUAUUUAGUGAUCAAUAUGUCACGGGCACCCCCCCGUCAAAUAGAACAGAUAAUCAUAACUUUCAGCCCUUAUGCCAUACCAGCUGAAUGUCAGCCUUGAUCACGGAACAUGGUAACAAUGAGCUGCUAUUAGAUGGAGUCAGAGUAAAAAGUCACCUUUUCCCCUACUAAAUUUAAGUUGAGUGUCUAUUUUUUACUUUAUAGCAGACAGAAUAUGAACUUGGAAUCAGACAGCCUUGUAUUCAAAUUCUGGUCUUACCUCUUCCUCUUUGCAAAAUGUGGGCAGUAAUACUUCCUCUAAAGGUUUAUCAUGAGGAUUAGUGAUAUAUGUGUGUAAUAUAAGUAUAUAACAUAAUGGAGGAAUUUCGUAGAAGAUAACUUAUUUCUAUGUAAGUCCCAGAAAUACAUAUUCCUCUACUUGGCUUAUACUUACUAAAUCCCACAUAUCUAUCCAUUUGUAUUUAUGUAAUUAUCCUUCUUUGGAGUAUUUGAUAUGUUGACAUACCUUUAUUGAGCUAUCUGUCCAUGCUUAUAUUAGGGUUGCUUGGCUUAUCUUAUAAAUCCUGGUCUUGUACAUUCUAUGGGUUUGGACAAAUUUAUAAUGACAAGUAUCCACUAUUACGGUAUCAGAGUAGUUUCACUGUCCUAAAAAUCCUCCGUGCUCUACCUAUUCAUUCCCAUGGCUGAGAUCACAUAGCAGAGGUCAUGAUAAACUAAAUUUCUGAUUAGGUGUUCUUUCUACCAUGCCAGUGAAAGAGAGGAAAAAUGUUUCUUCCAGACUGACGUCAGAAAGAUUUACUUGGACUUACACGUUUAUCAUUUAUCAAAAUGAAUUUCCAUUAAUUUCAUCUAUUUGGAAAGGUUUAGAGGUUUUCUGAAACAAAAAUUUAAUCUAAUGAAAAGUUUUCUUAACAUUUAGGACUUUUUCUAAAUCCUGGGUUAGUUAAGAAAUAACCAUUAUAUUCAAUCACUUUUUAAAACUUAACACAUGAAAAUGUUACUUUUUAGUUGCCUUCAAUUCUGUUAGACUGCUAAAGCAUAAGUUAAGUUAAAAAUCAAAGUCAGGCCUCAUUGGUUAUUUUUUUUUAACUUUCUCCAUUUCAUGGAAUUUUCUUCCAUUCCUUCUCUGAAAAAAAUCAAACAUUUUUUUUCUUCAAGUUUUUAUUUAAAUUCCAGUUAGUUAACAUACAGUGUAAUCUUAGUUUCAGGUGGAAAAAAAACAGCAUUUUAACAAAGUUGGACCAGCGUAGCACUACUGAACAUAUAAAGUUGCCAAUUUGCUAGUGGUUAUAAUUUGUUGUAUUCUUGAAAGAUACCGAAUAAAGGUACUAUUAUUUAUGUAGCAAUCUCCUUUUGUUUCUUUUUUAUUGUCAGUUAUCUACAGGUAGCCUACAUGUCUUGGAAUCUGUGUCAAUCUCUCCUUGAUGUUCUUUUCUUAAACUCCAAACUGAAGGUCACUCAAGUUAUCUAUAGAAGCUGGUACUACUGUAAAUUAGUGAGGUGUUUAGGGGCAGCUGGGUGGCUCAGUUGUUUAGGCGUUUGCCUUUUGCUCAGGUCAUGAUUUCAGAGUCCUGGGAUCAAAUCCUGCAUUGGGCUCCCUGCUCAGUGGGGAGCCUGCUUGUCCCUCUCUCUCUGCUGCUCCCUCUGCUCAUGCUCUCUCUCUCAAAUAAAUAAAUAAAAUCUUAAAAAAAAAAUUAGUGAGGUGUUUGAGAAUCAGGGGUAGGGGCAUCUGGGGACUUUUCAAAAGAGACAACUAUAGUUAGUUCCAGUCACUUUUUGUCAUGCAGGAUUAUGGACUCAGAAUUACCCUAUCAGAAGCUAGAAAUGUUGAUUUGAUGUGAGCAGUCCUGAUUGUCAGAGUACUAUGUACGCUGAACAAAACACAUCUACAGAUUAAACUUGACCUGUAGGCCUCCAAUUUGAAAUCUUUCCUAAACUCAGGAGGCCAAAUUGAAUUUCUU